AUGCGCCUCUUCGGUUUCGUCUUUUCGCUGCUUCUGCGAUUGGGAAUUGCCUACACCUUGAGCGAGGUUGAGACCCAGAUAUCCUCAUACCAAGCCCAUAACGCCACCUACACUGCAGCACCCACUCCUCCAUCGGGCUGUCAGCUAGCACUGUCAUAUCCCAACAGCUCGACCUAUGAAUUCGAGGAAUCGCGAUACUGGGCGCAGCAACAAGCUCUGACUAGACCGACUUGCCGAUUCUCUCCCGCAUCGCCAGAAGAAGUAUCCUUGGCCGUUCUUGCCUUGCGUGUCACACAGUGCAAGUUUGCUGUUAAAAGCGGUGGUCAUGCUGCUUUUGCCGGCGCCUCGAACAUUGACGGCGGCGUGACAAUCGAUCUUAUCAACCUGAACCAGAUUACGCUCUCAUCUGAUAAGACUCAGGCCUCUAUUGGCCCAGGAAACGUCUGGUACGAUGUUUACAACUAUCUCCAGCCUCACAACGUAACUGUGAUUGGCGGGAGGGUGUCUGCCAUUGGCGUGGGGGGCCUGACUUUGGGAGGUGGAAUGUCGUUUUUCUCUAGCCAACAUGGAUGGGCAUGUGACAAUGUGAAUUCUUAUGAGGUCGUGCUUGCAGACGGCUCAAUCCGCCAAGUCAGCUACUCGUCCCCGUAUUCUGAUUUGUACUGGGCGCUUCGCGGAGGAGGGAAUAAUUUUGGCAUCGUAACAAGAUUUGAUCUCGCGGCCUAUCCCCAAGGCGAUCUCUGGGCUGGCUCAGAUGCCUUUUUGUACACAAACGAGACGGCAGCUGCCAUUAACGACGCCUUCUAUUUCCUUGGAAUCAACGCUCCCUCGGAUCCAUACGCUCAAGUCAUCAUUGCAUACGCUUAUGCGCAGUCAGAAGAUCUCUUCGUCAUUGCAUCUGACCUCCAAUAUGCCAAACCAGUCGCCAAUCCUCCCAUCUUGCAAAAUUUCACCUCGGUCCCCGGUGCUAUCGCAAGCACACUCCGCAUCACGGAUCUCUCGAAUCUAACGGUUGAGUUCAAUAACUCCAACCCCGGUGGCUUCCGACAAACAUACUGGACUUUUACAGUUCAGAACAAUGCCGCUUUAAUGGCUGACAUGGUCGCCAUCUACAUGGAAGAAAUCGACGCUAUCAAAAACGUCACAGGGGUUGGGCCUUCAAUUAUCUUUCAGCUCAUCACUACUGAUAUGACCGAUCACUUUUCCAAGAAUGGCGGUAAUGCACUUGGACUUGCUGGCCAAGGUCCUCUGAACCUAAUCAAUGUCGACAUAUCUUGGUCCAAUGCCUCGGAUGACGAGAGAGUCCUCGCAGCUGCGCAAAACAUUGUCGACCGCUCUGUGGCCGUUGCAUGUGCCAAAGGCCUCGAUCACCCAUACCUUUACCAAAACUACGCUUCUUACCAGCAAGAUGUCUUUGCUAGCUAUGGGGCAGAUAACCUCGCAAAACUAAGAUCAAUAAGUACUAAAUACGACCCGCAGCGGGUGUGGCAGAAGUUACAGCCAGGAUACUUUAAGCUAGGAUAAUUUAUAUUGACAGUGUCUAACUUG